AUGCCUCCUAGCGUGCUUAAUCAGGGUUGCUCGCCUUCCGGUCUGGAUCAAAAAGCAGAGGUGUCAUCAGCAUCAGGGGCCCAUGCAACUGGUUCAACCACUCUUUGUGAUAUACGAAAGACCGUAAAUAAGUCGCUGAAACUGACUUUCAUCAUCUUUUCCAGCAAGCUGACGAAGAAGGAUGACGAACAUGGCUUCCUCGGCGACGACGAGCUCGGCUCCGAGUACUACGAGGACCUCUCGGCUCCGGCGCGCAAGGUGCGCAGCCGCGCCUUCAUGGAGCCAGAUUGCCCGUGCUGCCGAAACCUGAGCAAGCGCUACACCAUCGCCCUCAUGAGCAGCCUCGGCUUCAUCAUCAGCUUCGGCAUCCGAUGCAACAUGGGCGUGGCAGUUGUCAAGAUGGUGGACUCCAAGGGCGGGAAAACUCCAGAAUUCACGUGGACAACUGGUACCAUUGGCUUAGUAGAUUCAUCGUUUUUCUGGGGUUACCUCAUCACCCAGAUUCCGGGUGGGUUUUUAGCCACAAAAUAUCCGGCCAAUAGGAUAUUCGGUACAGCGAUAGCGGUGUCGGCCUUCCUGAAUCUGUUGAUUCCAAAAUCUGCUCAAAUCCACGAGAGCGUAGUUAUAAUCGUUAGGAUUUGCCAAGGCCUUGUGGAGGGAGUCACUUAUCCGGCCUGUCAUGGAAUCUGGAAGUACUGGGCGCCCCCCAUGGAGAGGAGUAGACUGGCCACCAUCGCCUUCUGUGGAUCGUACGCAGGAGCAGUGGUCGGAAUGCCCCUAUCAGCCAUACUUACUGAAAAUAUCAGUUGGCAAGCAUGUUUCUACAUAUACGGGCUUUUCGGGCUCAUAUGGUACGUUUUUUGGUUAUGGUUAACCUUCGAGAGGCCUUCUAAGCAUCCUACAAUCAGCCAAGCAGAGCUCAUUUACAUCGAAAACAGCCUUGGACAGAUGGCCAAGACUCUACCGACGCUUCGGACGACACCUUGGAAAUCUAUGUUCACCUCAAUGCCCGUGUGGGCUAUCAUCGUAGCAAACUUUUGCCGGAGUUGGACUUUCUAUUUGCUUAUUCUCUCGCAGCCGAUGUAUUUCAGCGAAGUCUUGCAGCUUGAAGUGGAUCAGUCGGGCAUCGUCGGUGCUCUUCCUCAUUUGCUAAUGACUAUAGUAGUCCCCUUUGGAGGCUAUCUCGCAGAUUAUCUCAGAAGGAGAGAAAUCCUCACCACUACCGGAGUACGCAAAAUGUUCAACUGCGGAGGUUUUGGUUUAGAAGCAACGUUUCUCCUUAUCGUGGCUUACACGAGAAGUAAUGUGAUAGUAAUUAUUGCUCUGACACUAGCUGUUGGAUUCAGUGGUUUUGCUAUAUCUGGAUUCAACGUCAACCACCUGGACAUAGCGCCGAGGUAUGCGAGUAUUUUGAUGGGGAUGUCCAAUGGCUUUGGAACUCUAGCCGGCAUGAUCUGUCCCCUUGUUGAAGAAAGCAUCACAGCUGAAGGAACGCCGGAUGAAUGGCAGCGAGUCUUCAUUACAGCCAGCUUGAUUCACUUCGCUGGAGUUAUAUUUUAUGGUUUAUUUGCAUCAGGAGAAAAACAAAAGUGGGCAGAGCCACCGGAUGAAGACAACCCAGACGAAGGACCCUCUUGGAACCCUCUGGAACACGCUUUUAGAACAACAAGUUCUAACUCGCUGAACGGAGUGAAACAGCCCAGCUAUGGUGCCACCAUCGAGACGAGAGAAGAGUUAGCUCAACCAGCAGCCCAAGAUACUUACAUGCAUGGUGGCAUCGAUGCCAGAGAACUCUAA